AUGAUAAACAUAGAGGGGGCUGUGAGUGGCAUCAGUCCAUAUAUAAAGCAUUAUGAGCGCUUGUCAUAUGAUAGGGAGGAUCUUCACAGGAAGCACCUGAGAGCCAGGAGAGCCACCCGACCUCAGGAAUACACACUGCAGUUGGACUUUACUGCUUUCCACAGAACCUUCCGGCUGCAUCUAAAACGCAAUGCAGCAGUAUUUUCUGAAAAUUUCACGGUGGUCAGUGAAAAUGGUUCCAUGUCAGCUGACCUCUCCCACAUAUACUCAGGAAUACUAGAGGGUGAACCUGGUUCAGCCUGCCACGGCUCUGUGUUACAGGGUCAGUUUGAGGGAACCAUCCAUACAGACAACGGGACUUAUCAUAUAGAGCCUGUACAGAGAUAUACCAGCAACCAAACAGAUCACCACUCUAUUAUCUACCAUGAGGAUGACAUGGUCCUACCAUCCAUGAGAACUGGUCCUGGUGAAUUCUGUGGUGCAGAACAUCUAAACCUCCUCGCCCAAAGCCUCAGACUCAAUGAGGAGGCACCAGCGAGCCGGUUGAGGAGUACAGUGGAUGAGUCAAAGACCAGCUGCCUGCUUCACCUCCAUGCCGACCACCUCUACUACAAGAGGUUCAAGUCUGUUGAAGCUGUUGUAGCUCAGGUUGCCUCCUACAUGCGAGCCGUGAAUGACAUCUACGACAAGGUGGACUUUGAUGGAAUAAAGCUGAUCAACUUCAAAGUGAAAUCCCUCAGAGUGAUGAUGGAGGAGGAUAAAAACGAUCCUCUGUAUCCUCUUUACAUUGGACCUGAGAAACUGUUGAGUCUGUACUCCGAGAACAACUGGGGCAACUUCUGUCUCUCUUAUCUGCUCACUAACAGAGACUACAGCGGAGUGCUGGGGCUCGCCUGGGAGGGCAAAGCUGGUAACUGGGGAGGAGUAUGUUCACAGCAGACCACCCUGCGUAACGGUCAGACCUCCACCCUCAACACAGGUCUGGUCACAAUUCAGAACUACGGACAGUUCCUGCCUCCUCGACACAUCCAGCUGACCCUCGCCCAUGAACUCGGCCACAGCCUGGGAUCUCCGCACGAUGAGGGCUCAAACUGCGGGAACCUCGGCUCCACCGGCGGUGAAGGCAGGUACCUGAUGUUCCCUCACGCCACAGAUGAGGUGCGUGAAAACAACGACAAGUUCUCGCCCUGCAGCAUCAAACACAUCAGCAAGAUCCUGAAGCUGAAGAAGGACAACUGCUUUCUGGUCAGCGAUCAGCCCAUCUGUGGAAACCAGAUUGUGGAGGAAGAUGAGGAGUGCGAUGUCGGUCAGAAUGACACAGACCUCUGCUGCUUCAGCGCCAGAGAACCUGAAGGAGUCCAGUGUCGCCUCAAGCCUGGUAAAGUCUGCAGUCCAAGUCAGGGUCUUUGCUGUGGUCAGGACUGUGGAUUUAAGCCGGUGAGUCAGACCUGUGAUGAGGAGACAGACUGUCAGAAAGAGAGUGUGUGUUCAGGCCUCUCCCCACUCUGCCCCAAGCCAACAGCCAAGGAGAACCUCACGGUCUGCAGUGAGGGCACGCGUGUGUGCCUGAGCGGGGUCUGUGCUGAGUCUGUGUGUGUGAAACACAGCCUAGAGCAGUGUGACUGUCCAGGAGACUCCAUGAAGGAGAAAUGCCACAUGUGCUGCCAGCAGCCUGGUAAGCCUGAGACAUGUGCCAGCACCACCUCCUCCGUGCUGUCCCGUCACUUCCAAAAAAACGCGCUGCCAUUGGUUGGCGGGGCUCCGUGCUCAGGGAACCAGGGUUACUGCGAUAAAUUCCACAUGUGUCGUCUGCUGGAUGCAGACGGCCCCAUUGCAAGACUGAAAAACUCCUUUCUCCAUUUUGAUGACUUCGAUGACAUAGCGGAGUGGAUGAAGGCUCAUUGGUGGGCCAUCCUGUUGGUUAUCCUGACUGUGUCUGGAGUGAUGGGCUGCACCGUCUGCCUCUGCAGCCGCACCCUAGACACCAGUGACCUCUGACCUUUGAUCCCGGUCCCCUCUGGGAAUGCAAGUAUCAUGUUCGCAAUUAUGACGCACGAAUCAAAUAGGGAUUUUUGAGUGUCAUGGUCACACUGUAGAGAGCCUCAACUUUGUUCCACAUAACAAACAGUGCGUGAUCUGCAGGUGACCUUUGAAGACAAUUACACCUGCUCAGCACCGCUCAAGCUGUUUUUGUGCAUCUGCCAUUUUCUUUUCCUUGUGUGACUUUUCUGUUCACAUUUCGACAAGUGAUAAAGGUCUCCUGUGAUGCAUGUAUUGUGGAAAACAUUGCUGUUGUUGCCAAUUGUGAUGUCAGUCAACCCCCUUAGAGGCCACAUAGCAUCAAACACCUACAACAAUUUAAAGCCUUAGGUCCCUGCAAAGACGGAUGGGACUUUCCCUUAUUUUGCUCUGCAGUGUACUCGCUGUUGCAUUUGAACUUGAGCACUAAUUUCAGCCUUGAUGACAAUCCAGCUUUCUGUCCCUUUAUCAAGUGGAAAUUGUUAGUCCUCUUGACAUGACCAUUUAUCUAAACUCUUUCAGGAAAAUGCCAUUUUUAUUGCAUGUUUACAAAAAAUAAGUUUGUAAAUGUUUGUCAUCUCAAAGAGUACUCGUUUACCUUUUACUAUUGACAGUGGUGUAAAGUAACUAAGUACAUUUACUCAGGGACUGUACUUAAGCACAAUUUUGAGGUACUACUUUUACUCCAUUUGCUUCUGAGGGAAACUGUACUUACUGUUGUACUUAUUUCACAACUUGACAGCUAUAGUUACAAAUUACCUAAAGAUUUUACAUUAAAGAGUUUCUCCUCUAAACUUCUCCAAGGUCCAAAGAGGUGAAAUUAUCCAAUACAAUAAAACAGCCACUGAUUAUUCCCUUCUGAGUUGCAGAACUUUAACUUGUAAUGAAGUAUUCUUCUAUUGUUGUAUUGGUACUUUUACUUAAAGGAUCAGUGUGUAGGAUUUAGAGGCAUCCAGCAGUGAAGUUGCAGAUUACAACCAUUUGAAUACAGCUCGACCUUCUAAACAUGUGGCUGCAAAACUC